AGACAAGUUGAUUUGGCACAGGGAAGUGACGAAGCUAUCGAAUUCUCCUAUUCUUCCUGUCUUCCGCUGUAGUGCGAUUUGGCUAGCAGAAUUGACUCAGAUCUCAGUUCGGGUAUCCACCGCAAGAUAACGUUUUGUGACGGCCAAGCUCAAUCAACAAGUUUACUCUCCUCAGUUUAUCCACUCCAGGGGUUCCUCAUGCCAGACGGCGAGUGUGACUUCUUCUGUUUCUUCCGCUGCUGCUGAGCACCUCUGUGCCCCUAAGCCUGCUGGGAAUCAUAGUCUUUGCAGUGAAGCAGCUGUGUGGUGAGGGGCGGCUGUCCCUCAGAAAGCAGGCAAAUCCAGAGAGGGAUGUCUGUAGACAUGAGCAGCCAGGCUUCUGACAGCAAUGAGGAAGACUUUGGGGAGAACUCCGAGGAAGACGAUGAUGGGGGUGAGGAAGGUGACAUCGCCGACUACUACGAGGGUGUCGCGGGAGAUGUGGAGCAGCAAGAGCCAGACUCGUUUGACCCUGAGGCGUACCAGUUCAACUGUCUGACCUACAGAGAGAGCCAGAGGGUGCUCAGUGACGAGGUCAACGUUGUGGCCACCGCCCUUAAGGUUGUGCCGGCUGUAGCAAAACUGGUCCUUGUACAUUUUCACUGGCAGGUGUCACAGUUACUGGAUAGGUGUAAGUCCAAUACGUCUCAGUUGCUGUCUGACGCCCAGGUCCAGCCCGCCAUCUGCAGAUCUGUGACUACCUCCCCCUCCCUGCAGUGUGGGGUGUGUCUGCAGCUGGUGAGAAGAGAUGCCCUGCUCGCACUACCUUGUCAUCACUCCUUCUGCAAAGCAUGCUGGGAGCAGCACUGCACAGUCCUGGUGAAGGAUGGCUUGGGAGUGGGGAUCUUGUGCAUGGCUCAAGAAUGCUCGCUGAUGAUGCCAGAGGACUCCGUGCUUCCUCUUCUGGCUGGAGACGAACUGAGGGACAAAUACAGACGCUACCUCUUCAGAGACUAUGUGGAGAGUCAUUUCCAGCUGCAGCUGUGUCCAGGUGCAGACUGCCCCAUCGUCAUCCAGGUGCAGGAGCCACGUGCUCGCAGAGUACAGUGCAGCCGCUGUGGCGAAGUCUUCUGUUUUAAGUGUAGGCAAAUGUACCAUGCCCCCACAGACUGCCCAACUAUACGGAGGUGGCUGACAAAAUGUGCCGACGACUCUGAGACGGCCAACUACAUCAGCGCACACACUAAAGAUUGUCCAAAGUGCAAUAUCUGCAUUGAGAAGAACGGUGGCUGCAAUCACAUGCAAUGCUCCAAGUGUAAAUAUGACUUCUGCUGGAUGUGUCUGGGAGACUGGAAGACCCACGGCAGUGAGUACUAUGAGUGCAGCCGUUACAAAGAGAACCCUGACAUCGUCAACCAGAGCCAGCAGGCUCAGGCCAGAGAGGCCCUCAAGAAAUACCUCUUCUACUUUGAGAGGUGGGAGAACCAUAACAAGAGUCUGCAGCUGGAAGCUCAGACGUACCAGCGUAUCCAGGAGAAGAUCCAGGAACGUGUGAUGAAUAACCUCGGCACUUGGAUCGACUGGCAGUACAUGCAGAAUGCUGCCAAACUACUGGCCAAGUGUCGCUACACGCUGCAGUACACAUACCCUUACGCCUACUACAUGGAGUCUGGGCCACGCAAGAAAUUGUUUGAGUACCAGCAGGCGCAGCUAGAGGCGGAGAUAGAGAACCUGUCAUGGAAGGUGGAGCGGGCGGAUAGCUAUGACCGAGACGGAGAACUGAGCAACAACGACCGAGGGGACCUGGAGAAUCAAAUGCACAUAGCGGAGCAGAGGAGACGCACACUGCUGAAGGACUUCCAUGACACCUGAGGCCAUGUCCCGCAAUGCACCAGCAGCAACUCCUGCCCUCGCUCUCUCUCUCCCACCUCCUCUCCAAAGAUCCCUUCCAUCACUCCCUUCUCACCUCUAUUCUCCCCUCAUCCCUCGCUCUAGCGCUGUCCCCACUGUGCCCAUCCAGACAUCUACUCUUUCGUAUAUCCAGCUCGCUCUCUCACGGCAGAGAGAUAGUGACCGCAUCUGACAGUGGAAUUCGCACAUUCACACUACAGUGUUUAUCAGAAAGCAUACGCAUCUUUGGCUUCAGACACACUCGCUCUGUAUACUUGCAGAUACAGUCACACACACUUCUCCGUACCCGCACAUAUACACACACACACAUAUGCAGACACUCAUAGACACUCCACAGAGAUGUGCAGACUAACAAGCCCUUCCCAUGUCCCCAUCCAUCUCCACAAUUGCCCCUUUUCCUUUUUCUCUCUUUUUUUCUGGACUUUCUUCUCACAUUUUGUCAGCUUAUUUUUUUCUGGAUUAAUGGCUGUUGAUAGUUAGAUCAUUUAAAAAAGAUAUUACAAAAAUACCAAACAAAAAUGCUGUAAUUUUGAACGGUUGUACAUUAAUACAGAGAUAGUUACUGAGAGAAAGUUUUUAAACCAGACAUUGCCUCCUGUGUGAUCAUUGAGUGGGUCUGCAUGUCUCCCAUACACGUGUGUAUACACACACACAUACUCACCUCCAUAGGGCUCUACUGUUUAUUUGGAAUAUGUGACCUUUGGCAUGGGCUUGGAGUCCUCUGGAUGUUCUUUAUGUUGGAGUGGUGCCAUUCUUUUGCUUAAAAAUGGACAAAAUGCUUUAUAGAAUGUAUCUUCUUUUCUGAUCAUAUGAAGAGUGAAGUCACUCCCGUAAACCAAGGGCAAUGAUGAAGUCAAAUGCCUUUAAACAUAACCUGCAAAUAAACUAUUUCCCUGCUCUAAA